GCACACGCGAUUCGCCUUAGGAUCGGACUCCCACCUAUUGCCGACGAGAUAGCGCACGUGCAUAGCAUACGUCGACACGACGAGGUAGACGUACGAGCGCCUGAACGAGGACGAGUAGGAGUACCUACCGACAAUCAAACUGUGGUUUUCUUUUAUCAGUCAAGUCGAAUCGUGCGCGACACGCGGACACUUCUGUGCGCUCCAACUAGAUCAAACGUACGCUAACUAGACUUCUUGACUAGUGCACGACACUUAACAACGCUGGAAAUCCCAACACAGUAUUCGAACUUGUCGCGAGUCGCUUCACGUGAAUCUCGCGGAAGAACACGCAUAGAAUUUGAAGACCGCAGAACAUUCGCUCACAAAUUGGUAUCGAAGCCAUCCAGGCUACUGAUACCAUCGACGAAUUUUCCAAGAACAAGCAUUUCAUCAGUGAACUUAGACACGCUGGCGCAAAUUCAAUGUGAGCUUUCUGCGUUGAAAAUUGCAGAAACAGGCAGAUCCGACGUAAGAUUAUCGCAGGUUGAUCCUAAAGUCUGCCGAACAGGCAUUUAUUGUAACACCGUAGGCCAACAGCGAAUUCGAUAUGGUCGCUUUUCCGAACUUGGAGAUUGAAUCGACGUUGAUGAACGGCACUGAUCUCACGCCGAUAGACAACAAUCGAAACAAUAAUAUUAGUUCAGUAAACAACGCUAACGUUGGAAGAGUCAGAGACCAAGUUUUCACCAUAUCUCGUGUAACAAUGUCACCGAACGACAAGAAUAACUAUUCGCUGAAAUUCGACAACAUCGAAAACAAUGACAAGAAGCAGAAUGUAGAUAUCAAUCCGGAACCUAUCUUCGUGAAGAAAGUUGCCGCCGGCUUGAAGACACCCAGUGGUCAGAUGGACAAGAAAGGCGGAGGAAACGGAAAGGGAUCUCUCUCCAGCGGUAGUUCCAUAGUCACGAUUUCGUCGGACGCCGUUUUGGAUCCUGACGCGGAACGUAGUAAAGACUUAAGUGGUCACGGAGACGAUAACAAUAUCAGAAAUGAAAAAUGGUAUCACACGAUUCUACAAGUGUCAGUACCCUUCUUAAUCGCUGGUAUGGGGACCAUUGGUGCCGGUCGUGUCCUCACCAUGGCGAAGAACAUGCCAGCUUUUCUAGAAGUCCCCCAGCUACUGAUCUUGACUACAUCGCUACAAGGGCUGAAGGGUAAUCUCGACAUGUGCUUGGCAUCGCGGUUAUGCACACAAGCGAAUUUAGGCAACAUGAAUAACCGUCGGGAGAUCAUCAAGAUGAUCGUCGGAAACAUCGCCCUGGUGCAGAUCCAGGCGAUCGUCGCGGCUAUCUGUCUAUCGUUGUUCGGUAUGGGAGUAGGCGCAAUCAAUGGAAACGGCUUCGAAUGGAGUCACGCGGUAUUGCUAACGGUCUCAUGUAUGUGCACUGCGACUAGUUCCUGUUUUAUCUUGGAUUUCGUUUUGAUCGCCGUAAUCAUGCUAUCCUAUAGAUUCAAAAUGAAUCCAGACAACCUGGCGACUCCUCUGGCCGCGUCUAUCGGUGACGUCGUGUCUAUCGGUAUUCUCUCCACCGUCGCAUCAGACUUUUACAACAGGUUGUACAUAGAAAUAUGGGUGCUGUACAUUAUUAUAGGAAUGUAUUUAUUGCUUUUGCCGAUUUGGAUUAUAAUUGUGCUCAAGAACAAAUACACAAGAACAGUAUUAAAAUCUGGCUGGGUUCCCAUCCUGUCUGCUCUUCUGAUCAGUGGCGGAGGUGGCUUAGUUCUUGAAAGAACGAUCAACUCUUUUAAAGGAUCUGAAGUCUUUCAACCAGUCAUUAACGGGAUUGGCGGCAACUUAGUAUCGGUGCAAGCGUCUCGAAUGUCAACCAUGUUGCACCAGUCUUCUAUCAUAGGAAUUCUACCACCGCACGACAAAAUGAUAUGUGUGACCCCGUGGCACGCGCUCCUCGUAGGAUCGAUAUACGCCAAAACCGCAAGAUUGCUCCUCGCUAUGGCCAUCCCCGGUCACCUGAUUUUUGUUUUCAUCGCUAAUGCUUUAAACCCGGGCAAUUGCUACAUACAUGCGUAUUUCGUACUCUUUUAUAUAACUGUUUCCUUAAUACAAGUAAUGCUUCUGUUGUACACCGCACACAUAAUCAUUCACGCGAUGUGGAGGUGCAAAAUCGACCCAGACAACUCGGCGAUCCCCUAUUUGACAGCACUAGGUGAUUUGAGUGGAUCGCUACUCUUAGCGUUAGCUUUCUUCUUUGUAUAUUUGAUAAAAAGGCCAUAUUGUUUUGAUUAAGUAAAUCUGAGAAAGAAGUAAAGCCUUCGCACAAGUACAAACGCACACAUAUAUAUACAUACAUACACACUCACGGCGUAAAGAACUUUUAACAAUCCCUGAUUUUUCUCAUUAUGAGACAAAAGGAUUGGGUGCUCUGCGCUGUCAAAACAAUUCAAAUGCCUUGCGCUUCAUGGUAUUAUAUAACCCGAGAUGACUCGCAAAACUGAGAAAUGAUGAUGAAAUAAUGUCAAGAAGCAAGGUGCAAUGAGGGAAAUACUCAGAUUACAAAAAUAUAUUUGUUAACAAUAAUUCCGAAAGACAGUUGUUAGUAAUGUUUCUGUACACGUGUAACGGCUGUGAACUAUAAGUGUAAUGAUCAUGAAACAGCGCGAUAAUUAGCAAUUUUAGAAUGUAUUUCACGUUUUUUUUUUUUUUUUUAAAAACGUCACAAACCUCUUGCAAAUACAUAGAUGCCUAGUCAAUUUAAUAGUAAAUAAUACGUAUGUUUGAAAACUG